UAAACACGGACGCCGAGUGAAAGGAAGUUUACAUUCACUCAGCUGUCGUCUUUCUGUUGGAUUCGGUUUAUUUUCAAGUCGAAUUAAAAAAAAAAAAAAGGUUUUAAUAUCAUUUAAAAGAUGAAUAUUCUGCCGAAGAAGAGCUGGCACGUCCGCAACAAGGAUAACGUCGCGCGCGUGCGGAAGGACGAGGCGCAAGCCGCUGAGGAGGCGCGUGAGAGGCAGCGCAGAGUGGAGCGCGCCGAGCAGGAGGCCCGGACGAAUUUCCUGCGCAAUAAAUCCCGCGCUUCACUUCCCGAGUCCGGGAAUGCAGCGCUGGGAGGAGAGGAGGAGGGAGAAAAGGAGGGCGAGAGGCACCUGGACCUGUUUGGAGAGAGGGAUCUAGGAGGAGGAGAGAAGAGGGGCAACAAGGAAUAUGAAGCCGACAAGAAGCAAGAGCAGGAAAAACGUGAGCGUGCGAUUGGUCUGCUGGUGUCUCUAGGCCCCGCCCCUGGCACUGCCACGCCCUGGUACCUAAAGGAGCAAGGGAGUGAGAAGGAGGGAGCGCAAACGACAGGAAAGCAGGAGGAGACGAACAGAGCCAAGAAACAGAGGACAGAGCCCGAGAGGGGGAGCGAGAAAGAGAAGAAAGACGAGAAACUGAAGGCUCUGCUCGACCCGCUCAGAGACAUGGAGAGAAUAAUGAAGAAAAAGAGGAAGAGCGAGAAAAAAGAGGAGAGGAAAAGCAAGGAGAGGAGGAGAGAGGAAGCAGGGGGGAGCUCGUCCCUGGAGCGAUUGCGCGAGGAGAGGAGGCGGAGGGAGGCGACAGAGCGACUGCGAGCGCAGGCCCUGCUGAAGAAAGGGAACGAGGCGGAGGGGAAAGAGAAGGGAGAGGAGGAGGAGGAUGACAGGAGCAGACCUUACAGCAGCCAGUACCAUCCAGAACUGUCCAGGAAGAGGCAGAGAAGAGACAUGGGCAGCGACCCGUACGGCUUUAAUAUAAAAAAGAAAUGAGGGGCUUCCAGAGCCCACGCUGUGUCGCUCCCGGCGCACUGUUCCACUGGAAACAGGUGCAUCUCGUCUAGUGUUGAAAGUGUGAUUUGGGCCACUGUAGCCCAGUCUGUUGCUUGUUAUAAUACAAUGCUCGAGGACACCUCAGACAGCACAGUGUCGUAUCUCAUCCCCAACGGGGUCAGACUGCUGUGUGAAGCACGGCAACGAAAGGCGUGUGCUGAACAGACAAGCUGUUUAGAACAAUGGCUGCUAGAAGCGAAUGCAGCAUUGAAAACAAACCCAAGUUUUUUAUUUUUCUUAUUUCGUGACGAAACCUCAUUUAAUAAGAUAUGUUUAAUUAAUAUUUAGUGAAUAAGACCACUGGCAGCUGCGUAAAGACCAAAAAUAAAAAAAACAGCCACAAAUGUUUGUUCUGCUUCAGCCAUCUAAACUUGUUUGCAUAUAUUUAAUCAAUCCCACAAUCCAAGGUGACCUUUGACAGCACUGCAGCUGUGAUAGACCAGCAUCCUCUGAGCUCACUACAUUCAGACCACAUAGACAGGAGAAUCAUUCAGAGCUAUUCAAAUCAGAAAUAUAUCUAUGUGAGCGCAGGCCCUGCUGAAGAAAGGGAACGAGGUGGAGGGGAAUGAGAAGGAGGGGGAGGAGGAUGACAGGAUAGAUAUAUA